CAUAGCUAUAGCUAAACCGAAGGUAUUUCAUACACAAUAAUUCUGUUAACUGAUGAAAUGGCUGCAAAAGUUGAUGAACGCCACCUCACCCUGGCCGAGUGGGGGACACGCCCUUUGAGGUUUCAGCGACCCGCUCUGUGAUGACGCAGUACUGGCAGCAGCACGCGUCCGACUCGGCCACCGUCGUCGAGAUGAUGCUGGACCAUGACGCCGAGAAACUGCACGAGGAGGAGAUGCCAGAAAUUCUCUCCUAUCUGCCGGACUACACAGGCAUGCGCAUCCUCGAACUCGGGGCCGGCAUUGGGCGUUUUACGAGCAUGUUUGCGACAAAGGCAAAGAGCGUAACAGCGGUCGACUUUAUGGAAGAGUUUAUCGAAAAAAACAAAGAAACAAACGAACACCACGACCACGUGGACUUUCACGUCGCUGAUGUCACACACCUGGAAAAAGAACCACACAGCUACGAUCUCGUGUUUACCAACUGGCUACUGAUGUACCUCAGCGACAAGGAGGUGCAGGAGCUCGUGAAGAAGAUACUGACGUGGCUUGAUGACGAUGGCUACUUCUUCAUCCGAGAAUCAUGUCACCACUCGUCGGGGAACAAACUUAGCAAAGACAAUCCGACCCACUACCGUGAUCCGGUGUGGUAUGAAGCGAUGUUCAAUGCCACCACUGCCGACUGUGACGGCAAACACUGCUAUGGCUUUGAUCUCGUCCUGUCGCGCUCUGUAGACAUAUAUAUCAAGAAUAAAAACAACGUCAAUCAAGUGAUCUGGCUGAUGCAGAAGGUAAAGCGAGAGACGACGACGAGCGGGUACAAAACGUUCCAGGAGUUUCUUGACAACCAGCAGUAUUCCUUGACCGGAAUUCUCAGAUACGAACAGAUAUUCGGCAAGACGUUUAUCAGCACCGGAGGACUGGAAACAACAAAGAAAUUUGUCAAGCAGCUCAAGCUGAAAAAAGGAGAUGUUGUACUGGAUGUCGGAUGCGGUAUUGGUGGCAGUGCUUUCUACAUGGCAAAGGAACAUGGUGCCAAGGUGGUGGGAGUCGACCUCUCGUCCAACAUGAUAAACGUUGGAAUACAGCGAGCGAAGGAACUGGGCGUGUCCUUCGACCAAGUGUCCUUCGAGAUAGCAGACGCCACAAAGCGCCAAUACCCUCCGGGGUCGUUUGACGUCAUCUACAGCAGGGACACGAUCCUUCACAUUCCAGACAAACUGUCUCUCUUUAAGAACUUCUAUAAAUGGUUAAAGCCCGGUGGGAAGGUCCUCAUAUCCGACUACUGUUGCAGUGACGGGGAACACUCGGACAUUUUCAAGCAGUACGUUAAACAAAGGGGCUACAAGCUACUGUCACCACCCGAAUAUGGCAAGGUUUUGGAGGCAGCUGGAUUCAGCAACGUUAGAGCAGAAGAUAAAACCGAUUUGUUUGUGAGUGUGUUGAAAGGGGAACUCUCAAGAACAGAAAUGAUGGAAAAAGAUUUUGUUGCACAAUUCAGUCAAGAAGACUAUGAUGAUAUUGUGAACGGCUGGAAGUCCAAUUUGUACAGAGUUGGACUUGGAGAUCAGAAGUGGGGGCUUUUCUACGCCGAGAAAGUGUAGAUCUGAAAUUGCUGGCAUUCUUCAUCCUCUACUGCUCGUGACAUGACGGUUUUGAUUUAUUGUGAUACGUUAAUAUCUGGCUUCUUUGCUUGGUUAUAAAACAACAGAACAGUGUUUAAAAUCUGUGGCAGUCUUCAAACCUUCACUGCUUUUGACAAGAUGGUUUUGAUUUAUUGUGAUACGUUAAUAUUUGACUCCUUUGCUUGAUUACAAACCAACAGAACAGUGUUUAAAAUCUGUGGCAUUCUUCAUCCGCUACUGCUUUUGACAUGACGGUUUUGGUUUCUUACAAUUAAACAAUGUUUGUAGAUACUCUGUUGGGCCUAAUUAACCUAAAAUAAGGGGGGAUGUGGUGUGAUGAAAAGGAAAUCGGGCAAUAAUACAGUUUCUUCUUCAACUACAAGACCACAAGAAGAGCUCUUUAAAAGUUAAAUGGCAUUUUUUAUGUGUUUUAGGGAAGGGGGGAAAUGGCUUAUGCUUCCUGCACCCUCCAAUGUCCGAACCUGUCUGAUUAAAAUUAGCUCUACUGGGUCUAGCCAGUAGAUCUAACAGCAUUACGUGGACUCCCAUGCCCAGGUGACAUUUCAUCUAUAAAUAACAAUUUAAAUAUCGACCAAUUACACUUCGCCUUUUAUAGCGUUAUUCGAGAGGAUACAAAUUCUAAAAAUAUCGGGCGAGACUAUUUAUGCAAUAGACGAACUUGUUUGUCUAUUUAAACAUCGAAAAAACAGGGGGAAAAGUGCAGUAAUAAACUUUGGAUUGUAUACUAGUAUAAACAGAUUUUAUGGCUAUACCAUCACGUUGUUUUUUUUCGUCUUGAAACGAAUUUUAUAUAAAAUUUUAUAUU